AUGUUGAGCAUCGUCGUGUAUUGGGUUGGUUGGGUCAUCUACACGCACUAUUUGCACCCCCUCGCAAAGAUUCCUGGACCAUUCUGGCCUUCAGUUUCGCGCACAUGGCUCAUGUAUCGUAUGUAUAAGGGUGAUCUUGAAUUUCAUCAACGAUCAAUGCAUCACAGUUUCGAAUAUGGCCCCCUCGUUCGUAUCGCUCCGGAUGAAGUUCACUCCAGCGAUCCUAAAGCAAUUCCGAUAAUAUAUCGUGUCCAGCAACCACUUGAGAAAACGAACUUCUACCUGACCUUCCGUCCUAUGAUUCCUGGAUUUAGUCUAGAUAUGUUUACUGAUGACAGUGAGAAGCAUCAUACGGCUUACAGAAAGAUCGUUGGUCCUGUGUACACUUUGACUAGCAUGCUAAAGAAUGAGGGAGCUUUGGAUAAAACAGCAAAUCUUUUCAUGGAAAGGUUGGGCGACUUCGCAGACCGGAAUGAAUCGUUUGAUUUUGGUCUCUGGCUAGAAAUGUUUGCGUUCGACAAUGUCGGCGCUGUCUUCUUUGGGAAACAGUUUGGUUUCCUGGAAGAGAGCACCGAUUACGGAGGUUACAUCAACGCAGUGCACACGGCCUUACCGUUGAACUCAUUUGUAGCCAUGGCUCCAUUUUGGAUUCGUCCGCUUCUACUGAAUUGUGGAAUUGUUAUUCCAAAGAUCUUCAAGGCAGUUAUGGCGGCUGCCGGGAUCUGGGAGACUGCAGUCAGAGAAACAAACAUGGCACAGGAAAGAUCGCAAGAUAACACCGCAAAAAGAAACGACAUUCUAUCGCAGUUACUUGCGAUAGAACAGGAUAAAAAAAGCGGCCUGACCAUACAGGGAGUACACACGGAGAUGUGGGCAGCAGUUACUGCUGGCGCUGAAAGCACUGCAGGUGCACUUCGAGCCAUAUUCUACUAUUUGAUGAAACACCCAGAAACAAUGGCCAAGCUAAUUAGGGAUGUUGAUACUGCAUUCGAAAACGGCAUGCUUACACACCCAGUACAAUACCAUCAGGCAAUGAAACUACCAUAUUUGAAUGGCGUGAUCCGGGAAGCUACACGUUUGUUCCCUCCAUUUGGUGCCCCGAUGCCAAGAUAUGCGCCAGCGAAGGGCCUCGAACUGUCAGGAUAUCAUGUUCCAGCUGGGACUAAGGUCGGCAUGAAUGCUAGCGUCGUGCAAUACGAUAAAGAGUUGUUUGGCGAAGAUGCGUAUGCUUUCAGACCAGAUAGGUGGUUGGAAAGUGGAGAUAGAUACCGGGCAAUGGACAAGGCUAUGCUCGUCUUUGGAGCUGGUACUAGGACCUGUAUUGGAAAGAACUUGUCAAAUUCCGAGAUGUACAAAUUAGUGCCUGAGUUACUUCACCGAUUCAGUAUCGAGAUGGCUCACGAUCAGCCGUGGAAGACUCGCAACGCCACGUUUGUCCUACAAAGUAACGUUAUCUGCAGGUUCACACGUAGAUAGUUCUGGAGAAUCUACAAGACGAGAGACGGGUUAUAGGGAGA